CGCGGGCCGCAGGCGAGGCGGGGCCGCGCGCGGGGUCCCCUCCUCCUCCCGGUCAGGUCCUCUCCGGAGCGCCGGGCGCUGUCUGCGCCGCCGGCUCCCCGCCUCCGGUGGGACCCGGGACGCCGCGGCUGUGGGUCGGCCCGCUGAGGACAAGGUCAGGAGACUGGGCGGCGAUGCCCGAGUGCGACUGGAGGCGGCCGAGCGCAGGCGACGGCGGUUGGGCUCUGCCCCUCUUGCCCGGGCAGCGGGACUGGGACGGGCGCCGGUGAGGAGGCGGAGAAGCGGCGGCGACGAGGUGUUCUGCGGCCGGAAUUCCCGUCAGCGCCGGCGAGCGCAGCCUCGCGGGGCAGGGGCGCCGGGGAAGAUGGAGACCGGGGGCCAGGCCCGCACCGGUCCCCCGCAGCCGGCGGCCCCGGGGCUGUGGAGGGCUCGGCCGGCGGGCGGCGGCGGCGGCGGCAGCGGGGGCGCCUCCUCCUGGCUGCUGGACGGGAACAGCUGGCUGCUGUGCUAUGGCUUCCUCUACCUGGCGCUCUACGCGCAGGUGUCCCAGUCUAAGCCCUGCGAGAGGACCGGCUCCUGCUUCUCGGGCCGCUGUGUCAACUCCACCUGCCUCUGCGACCCGGGCUGGGUGGGGGACCAGUGCCAGCACUGCCAGGGCAGGUUCAAGUUAACAGAGCCUUCUGGAUAUUUAACAGAUGGUCCAAUUAACUAUAAAUAUAAAACUAAAUGUACAUGGCUCAUUGAAGGCUAUCCAAAUGCAGUGUUAAGAUUAAGAUUCAACCAUUUUGCUACAGAAUGUAGCUGGGAUCAUAUGUAUGUUUAUGAUGGAGAUUCAAUAUAUGCACCUUUAAUAGCUGUACUUAGUGGUUUGAUAGUCCCUGAAAUAAGGGGCAAUGAAACUGUGCCUGAAGUUGUUACUACAUCUGGCUAUGCACUGUUACAUUUUUUUAGCGAUGCUGCGUAUAAUCUAACUGGUUUCAACAUUUUCUAUUCAAUCAAUUCUUGUCCUAACAAUUGCUCUGGUCAUGGGAAGUGUACAACUAGUAUUUCUGUUCCAAGUCAAGUAUACUGUGAAUGUGAUAAAUACUGGAAGGGUGAAGCUUGCGAUAUUCCUUACUGUAAAGCCAAUUGCGGCAGUCCAGAUCAUGGUUACUGUGACCUAACGGGAGAAAAAUUAUGUGUCUGCAAUGAUAGUUGGCAAGGUCCUGAUUGUUCUUUGAAUGUUCCCUCUACUGAGUCUUAUUGGAUUCUGCCAAAUGUUAAACCCUUCAGUCCUUCUGUAGGUCGGGCUUCACAUAAAGCAGUUUUACAUGGGAAGUUUAUGUGGGUGAUUGGUGGAUAUACUUUUAACUACAGUUCUUUUCAAAUGGUCCUAAAUUACAAUUUAGAAAGCAGCAUAUGGAAUGUAGGAACUCUAUCAAGGGGACCUCUACAGAGAUAUGGACACUCUCUUGCUUUAUAUCAGGAAAACAUCUUUAUGUAUGGAGGCAGAAUUGAAACAAAUGAUGGCAAUGUCACAGAUGAAUUAUGGGUUUUUAACAUACAUAGUCAGUCAUGGAGUACAAAAACUCCUACUGUUCUUGGACAUGGUCAGCAGUAUGCUGUGGAGGGACAUUCAGCACAUAUUAUGGAGUUGGAUAGUAGAGAUGUUGUCAUGAUCAUAAUAUUUGGAUAUUCUGCAAUAUAUGGUUAUACAAGCAGCAUACAGGAAUACCAUAUCUCAUCAAACACUUGGCUUGUUCCAGAAACUAAAGGAGCUAUUGUACAAGGUGGAUAUGGCCAUACCAGUGUGUAUGAUGAAAUAACAAAGUCCAUUUAUGUUCAUGGAGGGUAUAAAGCAUUGCCAGGCAACAAAUAUGGAUUGGUUGAUGAUCUUUAUAAAUAUGAAGUUAACACUAAGACUUGGACUAUUUUGAAAGAAAGUGGGUUUGCCAGAUAUCUUCAUUCAGCUGUUCUUAUCAAUGGAGCUAUGCUUAUUUUUGGAGGAAAUACCCAUAAUGACACUUCCUUGAGUAACGGUGCAAAAUGUUUUUCUGCCGAUUUCCUGGCAUAUGACAUAGCUUGUGAUGAAUGGAAAAUACUACCAAAACCAAAUCUUCAUAGAGAUGUCAACCGAUUUGGACACUCUGCAGUAGUCAUUAAUGGGUCCAUGUAUAUAUUUGGGGGAUUUUCUAGUGUACUCCUUAAUGAUAUCCUUGUAUACAAGCCUCCAAAUUGCAAGGCUUUCAGAGAUGAAGAACUUUGUAAAAAUGCUGGUCCAGGGAUAAAAUGUGUUUGGAAUAAAAAUCACUGUGAAUCUUGGGAAUCUGGGAAUACUAAUAAUAUUCUUAGAGCAAAGUGCCCUCCUAAAACAGCUGCUUCUGAUGACAGAUGUUACAGAUAUGCAGAUUGUGCCAGCUGUACUGCCAAUACAAAUGGGUGCCAAUGGUGUGAUGACAAGAAAUGCAUUUCGGCAAACAGUAACUGUAGUAUGUCUGUCAAGAACUACACCAAAUGUCAUGUGAGAAAUGAGCAGAUUUGUAACAAACUUACUAGCUGUAAAAGCUGUUCACUAAACUUGAAUUGCCAGUGGGAUCAGAGACAGCAAGAAUGCCAGGCUUUACCAGCUCACCUUUGUGGAGAAGGAUGGAGUCAUAUUGGGGAUGCUUGUCUUAGAAUCAAUUCCAGUAGGGAAAACUAUGACAAUGCAAAACUUUAUUGCUAUAAUCUUAGUGGAAAUCUUGCUUCAUUAACAACCUCAAAAGAAGUAGAAUUUGUUUUGGAUGAAAUACAGAAGUAUACACAACAGAAAGUAUCACCUUGGGUAGGCUUGCGCAAGAUCAAUAUAUCCUAUUGGGGAUGGGAAGAUAUGUCUCCUUUUACAAACACGACACUACAGUGGCUUCCUGGUGAACCCAAUGAUUCUGGGUUCUGUGCAUAUCUAGAAAGGGCUGCAGUGGCAGGCUUAAAAGCUAAUCCUUGUACAUCUAUGGCAAAUGGCCUUGUCUGUGAAAAACCUGUUGUUAGUCCAAAUCAAAAUGCAAGGCCAUGCAAAAAGCCAUGCUCUCUAAGGACAUCAUGUUCCAACUGUACAAGCAAUGGUAUGGAGUGUAUGUGGUGUAGCAGUACGAAACGAUGUGUUGACUCUAAUGCCUAUAUCAUCUCCUUUCCAUAUGGACAAUGUCUAGAGUGGCAAACUGCCACCUGCUCUCCUCAAAAUUGUUCUGGAUUGAGAACCUGUGGACAGUGUUUGGAACAGCCUGGAUGUGGCUGGUGCAAUGAUCCUAGUAAUACAGGAAGAGGACAUUGCAUUGAAGGUUCUUCACGGGGACCAAUGAAGCUUAUUGGAAUGCACCACAAUGAGAUGGUUCUUGACACCAAUCUUUGUCCCAAAGAAAAGAACUAUGAGUGGUCCUUUAUCCAGUGUCCAGCUUGCCAGUGUAAUGGACAUAGCACUUGCAUCAAUAAUAAUGUGUGCGAACAGUGUAAAAAUCUAACCACAGGAAAGCAGUGUCAAGAUUGUAUGCCAGGUUAUUAUGGAGAUCCAACCAAUGGAGGACAGUGCACAGCUUGUACGUGCAGUGGCCAUGCAAAUAUUUGUCAUCUGCACACAGGAAAAUGUUUCUGCACAACUAAGGGAAUAAAAGGAGACCAAUGCCAAUUAUGUGACUCUGAAAAUCGCUAUGUUGGUAAUCCACUUAGAGGAACAUGUUAUUACAGCCUUUUGAUUGAUUAUCAGUUUACCUUCAGCUUAUUACAGGAAGAUGAUCGCCACCAUACUGCUAUAAACUUUAUAGCAAACCCAGAACAGUCAAACAAAAAUCUGGAUAUAUCAAUUAAUGCGUCAAACAACUUUAAUCUCAACAUUACGUGGUCUGUUGGCUCAACAGCUGGAACAAUAUCUGGGGAAGAGACUCCUAUAGUUUCCAAGAAUAAUAUAAAGGAAUACAGAGAUAGUUUUUCCUAUGAAAAAUUUAACUUUAGAAGCAAUCCUAACAUUACAUUCUAUGUGUACGUCAGCAACUUUUCCUGGCCUAUUAAAAUACAGAUUGCAUUCUCACAACACAAUACAAUCAUGGAUCUUGUGCAGUUUUUUGUCACCUUCUUCAGUUGUUUCCUAUCGUUAUUACUGGUGGCUGCUGUGGUAUGGAAGAUCAAACAAACUUGUUGGGCUUCUCGACGGAGAGAGCAACUGCUUCGAGAACGACAGCAGAUGGCCAGCCGUCCCUUUGCUUCUGUUGAUGUGGCACUGGAAGUGGGAGCUGAACAAACAGAGUUUCUGCGAGGGCCAUUGGAGGGGGCACCCAAGCCAAUUGCCAUUGAACCAUGUGCUGGGAACAGAGCUGCUGUUUUGACUGUGUUUCUUUGUCUACCACGAGGAUCAUCAGGUGCCCCUCCCCCUGGGCAAUCAGGUCUUGCAAUUGCCAGUGCCCUAAUAGAUAUUUCACAACAGAAAGCUUCAGAUAGUAAAGAUAAGACUUCUGGAGUCCGGAAUCGAAAACACCUUUCAACACGUCAAGGAACUUGUGUCUGAGAAAUGGAAAACACUCCUGUAUAUUCUGUACUGUUUUACUUCAGGCUUCUGUUAAAGCUGUCCUGUGGCCUCGGAUUUUAUGGAGGAAAAUCUCUGUAUCACCCAGGGCCUGAGUAUGGUUUCCUUCAAAAUGGGCAAUGACCCAGGUGGCCAAAGAAUGUUCAUGAGUUUUAUAAAAGUACUGAUGGUCACAGGUGAUAAAGUCAGUUUUUAUCAUUAUCUUAGACUUAUUAUACUAACAUUAAAUUACUCUGGAAAAAGAUGUAUAUUAUUUCUUAAUGAAGAUGAAAAAUACGCAAUUCAUAUAAAUCAACUAUUUAUAUCCCAAGACUUUAAAGAAAGACAUUUUAUAAUGCCUGAAUGAUGAGAAUUGUACAGUUUUUGCCUCAUAAGCAAACGUAAAUCACCUGUAUAUGAACAGGGAAUGAAAAAAUUGCAAUGGCUUUAAAUUCUCUUUUAUUUCAUUGUAAAUGUGAAGGCAAGAUUUUGAUGUAGUAGGAUGUAGGUAAUGUAUUUAAAUAUUUUGCAUAAUCUUAUCAUGUCCAGACUCAGUCUGAGAAUGUGACAGCUUUCCACCUAACUGGAAUGCAGACCAGAAUGAGUUCAACUCAUUCCGAGCAACUUCACAGGAGGUUUAUUAGAAUUCUCAGUGUAGAGGACAUUCCUGUCAUCCAUGCCAACUGCCUAACUCAUUAUCAGAACUCAUAGAGCAUGGAAAUGCCUGUCCAGCGAUCAGUUGUUCCCCUCCUUCCAAAAAUGGCCUCCAAUACCACAACCUGAAGAGAGCUGAAAUGGUUAUUUUACAGCAUAUAAGUUUUGCUCCAGUAUGAUAAUUUUUAAUUGCCUGAGAAUCAUUGGAUCAGACCUAAAUGAUCCAUCUGCAUUUUUAUAAGAAUGGAUCAUUUUUUUUUUUUUUGCCCUUCCUCUCCUAGCUGCUAGAUUUUAACUACCUUUUAGAAAUGUUACAAAAUGUAUUUUAGAGGCAACAUCUCUCAAGUUAUAAAAUGACCUGAGUUCCUUCCUGCCAACUGUUCCACCUAGAAUAGAAGUAGAGAAGAGCACUGGCUAGCAAGCAUCAACAGUAUUCUUCUUUCUAACAUGGGCGCAUCCAUGUCAUGAGAAAAAGUCUGUGGUUUAGAAAGUAUGUUCAUUGUUGCCCACAAUCAGCAUAUUCUUAAUGACUCAAAAUUCUGAAUUAUGGCAGAAAGGAAAAAUUAAACAGACUUCACGUUGGAACACAGAAUUAUUUAUGUCCUAAUGCUGACUUAACUUCACUAAAGCUCAGUAGCAUUAACAAAUAUAGUUUGGAACUGCAGUUUCCUAACUUCAGGGUGACUACAAGAUAUGUAUAACAGUGACAGAAAUAGCCAAAGCUGCUGUAUAUGAUAUAGCUUUGUUUAAAUAUGAAGGUCAUUUAAAUACAAUUGACAUUUAGUACUAUGUAUAUACUUUUCACAUUCUUUGGAUUUCUGGUAAUGACACUUCACUGUUUACAGCUAAUGCAUAGUUACUUGCAUGCCAUGGUUGUACAGUAGCAGACCACGACCCUAUUGUGAUAUUAAAUGCUUAUUUCAUAAUGCCAUUUAUACAUAGUCAGCUUAAUUUGAUGAGGAUUGAAUGUAAUAUAUAACAGGAAUGAUCAUACAAUAUGUAGUUGCAUCUUAUAUAAGAUUGCUAGGUUGCAUCUAACCAUGACUAUGUCAUUAUUUUGAUAAUUAGGCAUUUACGAAUUAUAGUAUAUAUUCCUCAUGUUGGCAUGAUAAUUUUGCUAUUUUCCAUGCAUUAAAAAUACAACAAAUUCUUAGAGUAAUUCUAGUAAUUUUAUCUAUAUCCUGUGGGGUCUUUUGGAGGGGAGGGCACUGGUUGUUUCUACUUCCCUAUGAUAUUUUCUCUCUCACUAAAGGAAUGAGCUAAGUUUGUAAAUGUCUCCUAAAAGCAAUCAAGUAAUUUUAUUAACUUCUUUUGGACCCUUUAAAUGUUGACUUCUCUCAUGAAAAAAUAAAUUGAUAAAACUAGCAAUUACAAAGAUAUAAUCAUUUUUUAACAAUGAUUGCCCAAUUUAUUUAAUUCUCUAACAAUUGUUGCAAGAGAAAGCAUAUAUAAUAAAAAUAUAAAAACAUACAGAUUUAGAUGUAAAAUCUAUUUCAGCUAUAUUUUUAGGGAGGCUAAGCAGAGAGUGUUAUGUGGAAGAAGUAUCAAGUUUUAUCCACCUCAAAUCCCAUUAGGUUCUUAAAACUUGAAAAUACAAAUUGUAGAGAACUAUGAGACACAAUGCAAUGUUAAGUUAAAGUCAUACUAUACCUUCCUGGGCCAAACAUUGCUAACUCCGUGGCUAAUUAUGCAAUUAAUUCUCAACUUAUCAAAGCUUUUUACUGGCAAUAAAAUUCUUUGCCUUUUGGCGAAGUGGAUUGAAAAGACAGGAAGGAUCAAGGAGAAUCUCUUUGAAUCUGUGUCUUGAUUUCCCGCCCCCCCCCUACAUUCCAGACAUUUUAAGUUUGGAUACUUUCAUUAAAAAAAAAAUCAAAUCAAACAAAUAUGCAGAUACUUUCUCAGAAUUUAGCAGUUAAAUGGCUGAUUCUCUUGAAAACUAAGCUUAAUAGAAUUCUAAACAUUUCAGCUUACAAUGACUUUGAAGUAUUCUUUAGAUUUUAGGAUGUUUUAUUCUGCCAAGUAUGAAAAAAAUCGUUAAAUACAAUGGAGUCUUAAAAAUUAAUCUGGGGAUGACAUUGGACCUAGAGAAUUCUUGUUGGAAAAGAAUUUGCACAUACUUACAGAUUGAGCUAAUAAAUUUUAAGAGGAUUAGGAUUCUCAUAAUUGCAUUAAAUGAAAAUUUAUUUUAAUGAUACACAGAGAUGCCAUAUACUAUAGUGUUGUGUUCAAUAGGAAAACUUCAAAUAGGACCUAUUUAAAAAGGUAAUUGAUUCUUGCUGGACUUCCAAACAUCUCAUUUUCUUCCAGCUGUAGUAAGGUAGAGAUGACUGUAUAGCUGCAGUUCAUGGUAUAAGUUCAUUUAGGGUACACACUGGCUCACAGACUGGAAAACACGUGCUGGACCUAGCUUUCAGGUGUAUGGUGCUGGGUAAGUUUCACCUUUAAGUUUUGCUUUCCAUCUGUAAAGGGAGUUUGUAAUGGUGCCCACCUUGCAGAGGCAUUGCAAGGCUAGAUGGUCACAAACAGAAAGCUCCCACAGUGGGUCCUUGAUGCAGCAUAGCAACCAUGGGGACAUCGAGCCACUGUUUUUCUACCUAUUGUUUUAUGAAUCCACCUAUUAAUUUUCAUUCAGCUUUGCAUCACAGGUAAAGGUCAAUUCGGUUUUUCAAAAAGACUUCCUGGAUUACUUAAGUUCCUAUAUUUUUAGGAUAUAGGGAUUUUUUAAAAAAACUACUUUGCAUUGGGCCAAUAAAGACUUAAACUCUUCCCAAAUCUAUACAGUUUUAGGAGAGUAUUUCUUAAAAUUGCUGACUGAUGACAUUGAGACAAGAGCAUCAAUUAUCACCUUUCAUGUACAGAUUAGGCAAGACGGGGGUCAGUACUUACAUUUUGUGGUUAUACUUGAUGCAUCUUUUUUCAGUGAACGUAAAACUAUGAUUUGAAAGGUGUCUUAUAUUUUUAAAAGAUUUUAAAAUGAAAACUGAUCAAAUGAACUAUUUCCACCCACUUACGCUUUUUUUAAAAUGUCAAGUUUCAAAACCCAUUUGCCAUAUACAUACUAGGGUGAGAUUGAAACUUACCUGAUUACAGGAAUUGCUUGGGUUCAGGCAGAUUCCCACUUUCACCUCUAGAGAUUUAGAUUCAGAAACACUGGGGUAAGCCCUGGAGAGCAGUACUCUUAAUAAGCUUCUCAGUGCUUCUUACCAUUAGGCAAAUUAGGGAAACACUGCAUUGGGUCAAAGUGCUGCCUUUAUCGACCAUUAGAGGGAGUUCUUUAAAUAACGAAGUUAUUGCUCUAAUUCAAAAUGCUUUAAAAUAUUUUCCAAGGAAUACAAGCCAUUUGGUUGGUGUUACAGCAGUGUUUUCAUUAGAGUGUACAUUUAACAUUUUAGUUUUAUCAAAUUGUUUGAAAUUAAGAAUUAGAACCAGAGCUACUAUCAGAAUCUAUGUACACAGGUGUGCAUGCCAGUGUUAAAAACAGAUUGUGUAAAAGUUCAAGCCCGUUUUAGAAAGCCAACAUUUUAUGUUAUAAUGUGCUGUUAAUCAGGACUUUAUUGAAAUAAAAACAUUGGCUCUCCCAACCCCCACUGCCAAA